AUGAAUUCCCUUCAGUUAUGCUGUGAUCGCAAUUACUUUAAUGUGAUGGUUGACGAUGAAACCUACCUGGAACUAAUUAAUGAUCCAAAUAAGUUGAGCAGCUAUGCCGAACAAGUUCGCGACAUUAUGACGAAUAAUGAAUCAAUUAGUGAUUCAGAUAUUAAUUUACCAGGACCAAGUACCAGCACUAGUGAUUUGACCAGUGAUGGGAAUUUUUCUGAGCUGAUAAGGGGGCCAAGUACUAGUACUGGGACAACUAACACUGAAAACGUUUUCAAAUGGACUCAAUCACUGACUCUUAUGUUAAUUGACCUGAGAUUGAAAAAAGAAAAAGAUUUUAAUCGGCCAAUAUGUAAGAAAAAAAAGCUUUGGGAGCAAAUUGCAUGUGAAAUCAAAACCAAAACUGGGAAAUUUGUUACCAGCGAAAUGUGUGAUAUAAAAUAUCGUAACCUACUAAGUACUUAUAAAAUAAAUUAAAAAAAAUCCCAACAAAGUGGAGAGGGGUGCAUUUCAUGGGAAUUUUAUAAAAUGUUUGAUGAAAUAUUAGGAUGUAAAGCUAAUAUUCUGCCCCACAGGGAAGUAUUAGGAAGUGUGGACAGCAUAAGUGAGGCUUCAACAGUGAAUGAAACUGAUGCGACUGAAUCAGAAACUGAAGAGAAGAGGCUGAACGGGGGACCUCAACCUCUGGUUGAGAAUUUAAAAAAUAAUAGGGAAAGAAAUAAGAAACGUAAAAGGUCUAUUGAUAUUGGUGAAUAUUUAUUUCAAAAGCAAAUAGAAGAUAAGGAGAAAAGGUUAGAGAAAGAAAAAGGAAAAGACGAACGCUGGAAAGAAAAGCGAGCCUUGAAAGCAAGAGAAAUUGAAGCUAUAGAAAAAUUGGCAGAGGCAAUUGCCAAGCAGAAAAAAGACUAG